AUGGCGGAUGGUGGAGAACUGUUAAGUAUAUCAGAAACAAUUUCAUUACGUUUUAAAGCAGUUCAGUCACGGGGAAAACCAUUCGACGUGUUACCUCUUACUUUUGGAAAGGAAGUGGUGGCAGUUGUAACUCUGUUUUCCAGUUUGCUUGUCAACAAUCAGAUGAGACUGUUUUUCAACGUACACAGUAAAACUGGGUUUUUUCUUGCACUGGUCCCAAGUGUUAUAACUCCUACGAUGACUUCUUAUAUAGCCUUUAGUCGUUUAGUUCUACAGGAGAUUCUUGCUGCACCUGCUACCUCCAAUUUUUAUCCUAACUGCAGCAUUUGCUUACAUCUACGUGGAGUUUUGACACUCAGUACGUUCGGAUUAUUGUUACCUUUUGGCUUCAGCUUUGUCGCUUCUGCACUUGCUGCAAUAAGCGUGCGAAGUUAUCCAGUACCUGAUAUUACUGAUGCUAAAAGUAUGAUGCGAAUGCUGAAACUUUGCAGCAAGUCGUUUCGAAUUACUGGAUCCAAGUUGCUUUUGAGUCAUGCUUUAUUUGGAUCAAUUUUGGUAAACUCGAUGAUAAGAAGCAAUCAAUACAUUCUCAGUCAACAGAAAAUUCGUUCUGAUGAUAUUUCUAUUUACCAACCACCCACCGAAAACUAG